UCAAGAACAGUAUGGAAAUAUCUCACUGGAUGGUCUUGAUAUUGCUGUCAGUACUUUCCCAAGGGUCCAGAGGCCAGGAUAGUGUGACUCAAGCAAAAGACAUGGAGAUUGGGAAAGAAGGAGAAACUGCAAGCUUUGGCUGCAACUAUAAUACGAACAGUUUCAAUAGCUUACACUGGUACAGACAGUACCCAGGCGAAGGGCCGACAUUUCUGUUGAUGUUGAUAUUGGAAGGACCCGAGAGCAAAGGCAACUUCCAUGCCAAACUUGAUAAAAAGAAGCGUCAGAGUCACUUGAACAUCAGAGGGGUUCAGUUCACAGAUGCUGCUACCUAUUUUUGUGCCUUGAAGAAGGAAAAAGGGACACAUUUCUUUCAUGUACAUCUUGCCUCUAAAGCUUUCCUUGUACAAAAUGCAAAGGUCACUGGAUGGGAACUGACCAACAAGAAGAAAACCCUUAAUUUACUUUUCUAUCUUGCAGUUGGACACUCUCAAUCCCAAGUGACUCAGACACCUGCAUUUAAAGAGGUCCGGGAAGGGGACCUGUUCACCAUUUCUUGUGCCUACUCCAGCGAGUUUCGGACCUACUUUUGGUACCAACAGUUGCCCGGAAAGGCACCAUCCCUCUUGCUUUCUAUUACUACUGGAAAGAAUGUGACUGAAAAGAACUUCACAGCAGAGUAUCUGGAGAAAGGAAAGCAAAGUCUCCUGCAUCUCUCUAGCUCUCAGCUUCAAUACUCAGGAACUUACUUUUGUGCAGUGGAGGCACAGUGGGGCAGGAAGCAAGAGGCGCACAGCCAAAACCUAAGACUUUUCUUGACUUUACCCACUAUUGUGUUAUGA